AAAUAUAAUAAAAGAAAAGAAAAACGACGAGGGAGGAAGAGAGAAAGACGAAAAGGAAGGAGAAGAAGCAGAGAUAGAGAGAGAGGGAGAGGGGUCCAUUACAACAGUGCGGCAUUUCUCGACCAGAGAGAGAGAGAACAGAAAGCUUUGAGAUUUUUUUUUAUCACAGAGAUGGUUUCAAAGACAUAAAUUUUCGUUAAAGACAAGGGAUAAUGAGUUGUAGGAGAGUGCUGAAGUCGAUACAAGCCUUGUCGGCUCAUACUUUACUCUUCUGUUUCACCCUCUUCUUGGUUCUUAAGCUCGAUCACACCCUCUCCUCCUCAUGGUGGAUGGUAUUUUUGCCGCUGUGGGGUUUUCAUGCAGUUGUUGCAAGAGGAAGGUUCUCCCUUCCUGCUCCUGUUGCUCCCCGUAACCGUCAUUGGGCUCCAUGUCAUGCUGUUGUAGCCACACCUUUGCUUGUAGCAUUCGAAUUGCUCCUCUGUAUAUACCUCGAGAGUUCUUAUGGUAGCUGGCCACCAGCUGUGAGUCUGAAAGUCGCAUCUCUACCGUUAUUGGCAUUUGAAGUAACCAUACUCAUAGACAAUCUGAGAAUGUGUCGAGCAUUGAUGCCAGGUGAUGACGACAGCACGAAUGAUGAAGCAAUAUGGGAGGCACUUCCUCAUUUCUGGGUUGCUGUUUCCAUGGUCUUCACGUUGGCUGCUACGUUCUUCACCAUCCUAAAGCUUUCUGGUGAUAUAGCUGCUCUCAGCUGGUGGGAUUUAUUUAUAAAUAUUGGAAUUGCCGAGUGCUUUGCUUUUCUUGUCUGUACAAAAUGGUCCAACCCCGUGAUCCAUAGAAGCUCACGUGCCGCCAGAGAAACGGGGUCGUCUUCUUCCACUGUAAGAUAUCUUGACUGGAACAGUGGCCUCGUUGCUGCCCCAGAAGAGGAUAGGCACCAAGAUAGGUUCUGUAGUCUACAAGAUAUCGGCGGUCACAUGUUGAAAAUUCCCGUCAUUGUAUUUCAAGUUGUCCUUUGCAUGCAUCUAGAGGGGACUCCUGAGAGAGCUAAGGAUAUAUCACUCCCAGUCUUGUUUUCUCCACUUUUCUUACUGCAAGGCCUUGGUGUUCUCUUUGCUGCAUCUAAGCUAAUAGAGAAGAUCGUCGUCUUACUACGUGGAGAAGCUGGACCAGGAUUCUAUUUUAGAUUUUCAUCAAGAGCACACGAUUGCUUGGGUUUCUUGCACCAUGGUUCCAGGCUAUUAGGUUGGUGGUCCAUUGAUGAAGGAAGCAGGGAGGAACAAUCUCGACUUUACAUUGAUGGAGAAUCUGGUUACAAUACCUUCAGUGGUCAUCCGCCUGAGAUAGUCAAGAAAAUGCCAAAGGAAGAUCUUGCUGAAGAGGUGUGGAGACUUCAAGCCGCUCUUGGUGAACAAACCGAGAUUACAAAAUUCAGCCAGCAAGAAUAUGAAAGACUGCAAAAUGAGAAAGUGCUGUGUAGGGUUUGCUUUGAAAGAGAAAUCAGUUUGGUACUGCUUCCAUGUAGACACCGUGUUCUCUGCAGUCUCUGUUCAGACAAGUGUAAAAAGUGUCCAGUAUGUCGUAUAACCAUCGAAGAACGACUACCUGUAUACGACGUUUGACUGUGUCUAAUGUUCGAGAGUAGGAUCUGAGGUUGUGUGAUGCUCCAAACAUUCAUCCCUUUUUUUUUUUUCACCAUACUGAACUUUUGAUGUGUGUUUGCUGAAUCCUUUUAUUCGUCUGAAUCAGCAUUAUAAAGUAUAGGUGUAUUAUAUGUCGUUCUGUAGAAAAACCUCAUACAUACAUACUCUCUCUUACAUUAGUUGUAACAUACAACGUUUGUAUAAAUAUCAGUCUCUCCCUUUUUGUA